AUGGAUAUUUCAACAACCGUGGACAAUUUGAUGAGCGCCGACACUACCAAUUCCCCUGCUUCUACAGAAACCUCCGACAGCGAUGCUGUCAAUUGCUCGACCGCGAGAGUAUACUUUGGUCCAGUACAGUCGCCGGAGAAGAGACUCAUCGCUAGCGAGGUCACACGAAGGCGUGCACUCAAUGGCGCCGUCGACUCUCCCAUUCGUUCAUCGAGACUGUCUGCUUUCCACGUUCCGUCGUCACAGGAAAUCACGGACGUACCAGAUGAAGAAGAUGAAAGGAGCGACGAAGAUGCAGAUGAAAUCUCUGAUGUGGCUGCUCAUCUUUCUCGUGAAGACACGCCUGAGAAUGAUGCUUUGGGCCAGAACGAACCCUCCUCCGUUCUUGCAAGCCGAAUCAUGCGAGCUUGUGACAAUCCUUCCCCUCCUCCUCGGGCUCAUCCGACCAUAUACUUUGGUCUUCUGACGAAGGACGGACGAACUCCGUUCCCAGAUAUAUCUGCACCUCCUAGCCCGUUUCGCCCCAUAAAUUUGCGUGAGAGACUGAGCCAGUUCGCCGAGACAGAACGUGCUUUGUCGCCUCAACCUGCUCAGCUUCAGGCUUCCAAUGAUCAGCAUUCGCCUCUACAGGAUUUUGCUGGUAACAUUUCUCAGCCCGAUCUCAUCUCAUUUGAAUCUUGUUCCACUCUAGUCAAGACGCUCCCUGCGGAACCUUCUGCAGAAGGACAUCCCCGCGGCUCUCCAAUUCAAACUUCAUCCAGUAUAGAUGAUCUACUCUCGCAAUCCCCACAGCAUCCUUCUAUCAUACCUACCCCUCGUGUAGAUGGCGUAGAACAGUCGAGUUCCUCGGACAGCCUUGAUGACCUUCCUCAGGGGCGCGUGCCGGCUGAUGCAGAAUCUAGACCACCACCACCUAGUUCUCCUUCGCCGUUAGUCGCCACCUGCGCCACCCCAGAUAUCCUUAAGGAACGUGCAAGAUCAUCUGUACGGCGAUCUGCACGCCUUAGUGGGACUCCACGCCCCAACCAAAUCACCCACGCACAGCAACUCUCGGAAACGCCGAAACUCAAAGGAAAAUCGAGGGCCAUAAUGCUUGCUCCCGAGGGAGAAAAGCCCAUAGCUCCGGAUGAGCAAAUGGUUGUUCGUGGUAACGCAGAUCCUUACCCUGACAUCCAAAGAUCUACGGAAGACAAAGAGAGGCGAAGAUCACGCAAACGGGGAUUAAAUGGCAAAACGGACACUCCAAAUUUGCAAAGAGAAUUGGGAUCCCUUUCUCCUCAGUCCGCGGAUGUCUUAACGCGUUUGCUGCCAUCUCAGCGAUCUACGCCACUCCCAGAGGGGCAGUCUUCGCAACCACAACGUGAACUUUCUUUCGGAUCUUUGGAUCCUCCAUUGUUGACACCACAGAGGCCAAAAUUAAAUUCUCAGCACCCAAACUUCUCCUUGGCCACUGUACAGCGGCCACUGGUUGUCGCUCCAACGCCCGUUCGUCCGAACGGAGGACUACCGGGUUCUUCCUCUCAUCUCAAAUUUUCCUUGACCGUCGACGAUGCAUCUCGCACACCAGCGAGGAGGGUGCCAAUUCAAGACGUCUUCGUGCAAGGCUCUGCAUCUUCGCAAAAUGUGAUGCUACUGUCUGCGAAACGUGAUACAUCGACACGGUUGAUGGGCACGCGCGGACCAGUAUUUUCGCGUCCCGCGUUGGAUGAUCCAUCCCGUAGUCCCGCUAAACGUAUUCUAAUUACGGAUCUCAACAGUCCCAUGCGCUCCCCAACUCGACCAGCCGCUGGGAGGGCCCGAAGUACCUCAACGGAACCGAAACCCAUCGUCCCUCAACCUCUCCGAAGUCGUUCUGUUGACCCAUCACCCCGCGCCCCUGACAGCAAAGGCAAAGAGCCUAUGUUCCCUAAACUUUCUUCCAAACCAAGAUCUGGAGCCAAACUACCGUUUCCCCUUGUGCCUGGACAGAAGGCGGGGACGGAUCUCCCGCAUUCUAUCCCUGAAGAGGCUGAAGGAUCUGAGGUCGGAGAACAUUCGAUUGCUAAUCAUGCGGAAUCGUCGUCCAGUCCUGUGAAGUCUAGCUUGAAAAAGCCCUCUACUGGUAGUCGCAUACCAAGAAUUGGCGCCAAGCCUUAUGCUAGACCACAGCCAAAGAAACCUAUUUCGUCUACAACCCUGCCUGCCUUUGGUGCAGGACCGCAUGCCCCACCUGUCGUAUUAGUUGCCACUGGCGAUGCCAGUGGCAAUUCCGACGAGCCCCGUACCAUCGUCCCGCCACCGAACCGCAAAUUAGAGGUGAAACCUGUAGCAGAGCCAUCAGUGCUCUCGACACUUAAGCGAAAACGUGGCGCAGAAGAGACUGUCAUAUCUCUCCCUACUCACCCUGUGAUGGUACGCCAGGUUGUCCCUGGAAUGCUUGGGACCAAGUAUGCCCCCAAGGCAGUACCUGAACUCCCGACAAUGGCUCCCUUGCUCCCAGAACCGAGUCCUAAGAAGCCACCAGGUCCUGUCAAGUUCCGCAAAGUUGAGCCUGGGGUCAUAUCAGCACGUUAUGCAACCCCCGCCGCCAAACCAGCAGCAUCUGACACCCUUCCCGUCGAUGACAGCAACAGUGGCCCACAGCUUCCGGUGCUGUCUGAGGUGCCGAGCACCAGAUCACCUUCACCUCCCAUUGCAACCUCCUCGCCUGCACUACCAGAAAGCGAAACGGUGAAGUCAUCGCAUGAUGAUAUUGAGCCCCAAGAAAUAGCAGAUACAUCAUCUUCUCGCCGACCACAAGAGAACCGAGGUCAGGGUCGUCGAACGUCUCGACGCAAGGCUGCAGCGCAGCACGCCAACGACGUUUUCGCCCCCUCCACAUCAACCCAACCUCUGCAGCUCCGACGUUCACGGCGUUCCGAGGGCGACGGCUUCAUGGGGAUGACCGCAAUCGCUCUCCAAGCCCUCACUACUUCCAACACCACAAAGAACCAGCAAAUUUUCGCUAAGCUGGAAAGGGAGGUGAUUCGUAAAGAUGGUACCAGGCCAGAGAGCCCUACCGUGAAGGUUCGGACAAUAUUGCAAAAGGAGAGAGAGAUGAAGGAUCAACAACGACAUGAACGGGCUAAACGGAGGGCGAGACGGAGUGAUGAGGGGCUCGGGUUGAGCGAUGGUGAAGGUGCUAGCGAACUGAGUGAUCAAUCCAUGAUCGAACUCGAUAGAGAACAUGAUGAAAACGAUGGGGUGGUGUGGACGAGGCAUCGUAGGGGACCGGGAGAAGUGGAGGAUUACGAAACGCCAGACCGGCCGGUCAAACGUUUGCAGUUUGGGGACGGCUCUCAGGAGGAGGAAAGGGAGCGCAAACGGGUGAAGUGGCAGCAUGGGUUGUCCACAGAAAUUUAUCUGGAUGAGAUCCAUCCUCGACCCAACUCGUGGACCAAGGACUUUGUCAUUGAGAAAAGCUGCUUAGCUCCGACAUCCAAGAAUCUUCGCUUAGACACUCUUGGCAACCUAGUGGAUGUCGAGCAGCAUCCACUUAUCGACCUUCACCCAGAGAAUAUCGUGGUGAAGAAGUAUGUGUAUGACAAUGACAUUGAGAUUGAGGUGGUGAAAGAGGUUAUACCCCCGAAAAUCACCAGGUCGAAGAGCAAGAAGAUGAAGAGUUAG